CGAUCGACACGACAAUCGCGCGAUCUCUCGCGGUCUCUGCUGUCUCUUGCGGUCUCUUCGUCGGAUGGACAGUGCGUGUGUGUGCAGCUCUUGAUGCUGAGGCUGAGGCUGAUGCUGCUGAUGAAUGAUGCCGCUGUCGUCACAGGGGCCGGCAGCUCUGAGUUAUGGCCGCCGAUAUUUGCAUGAAUGAAACGCACCUUGUGAUAAAUUAGCCGCUAAGCCCGGAGCCUCUAACUUACAAUGAUCUUUUCUUCGCGCUCGCGAUGACUUAAUUUAAGUGCCUCGGCUUCUACGCUCGGUCUUCGACUUCGACCAGAGGCCGUUAGCGGAAGGUGUUAAUUAACAUAUGAACAAAUACAAAAAAAAAAAAAAAAUACAAAAUAAAUACAAAAUAAACCACGGCAAUUCGAUAACCAAAUUUAAUUCGUUGUCUACAAAUAUGCGAGUGUGCUUGGGCCCACUAUUCCAGUUCAUUAGCAACAACAAAGGCGUUCACUUACUUUCCACAUACUAUACGAUUGCAGUUUGAGGCCCACUCGGUGUCCUAUGACAGCGAUUCAUCAGUAAAAACGCCACUCGAGUCAACGCGAACGCAAUAAAACCCUAAGGAAAAACAACAACAACAACUACGGGAUAAACAAAAGCGAGUGAUUUGUUUGAAAACAGAAGCAUGUGUGGCACAUUUGUGCAAAGCUCAGCAGAGAUUCGUUGGAAACUUCUAAAAUUUCAAAGCAACUAUUUGGGCGUGAAAAUAAUAUGAUGACAUUUGUGUGUGCGUUGCAUUUUCUUUUACGGCGCAGAUAUGUGGAAAAUACAUAACAAACUUUUAAUCUACUUACUCUGGAUUAUGGAAAUAAGAUUAGUGUCCAGCUUCGUCCAGUCGUCCAAGCUGUGCGGCCGCAUACCGGGCCUUACCCCUCCGCAGCGGCAACUGUGCGGCGAGACACCCGACGCCCUCAUCGCCUUGGGAGAGGGCUACCAGCUGGGCGCCCAUGAGUGCCAGUACCAGUUUCGGGGUCAUCGCUGGAACUGCACGCAGGUGUGGCAACGCAAUGUGUUCGCCCAUGUCAUGCACAUAGCUUCCCGCGAGGCAGCCUAUGCCUAUGCCAUAGCCAGUGCCGGAGCCGCCUAUGCCGUAACCGCGGCCUGUGCCCGCGGCAACAUCACCAUGUGCGGCUGCGAUGUGCGCCACAAGGCGGCCGAGACGACUGCCUCGACGAAGGUGGCGGCGGCUGGAGGGGCCAGCCAACCUGCCGAGCCCUGGAAAUGGGGCGGCUGCUCGGCAGAUGUCGACUUCGGCAUGCGGUUUGCCCGCAAAUUCAUGGAUGCACGCGAGCUGGAGCACGAUGCGCGCUCGCUUAUGAAUUUGCAUAACAACCGCGCUGGGCGAACGUUAGUGAAGAAGCUGCUGCGCACAGACUGUAAGUGUCACGGCGUGAGCGGCUCGUGCGUCAUGAAGACCUGCUGGAAAAGUCUGCCGCCCUUUCGUUUGAUCGGCGACAGGCUGAUGCAGAAAUAUCACAAAGCCAAAACUGUUCAUGCCAUCAGAGGCAAACGUGGACUGAAAUUAGUAUUAAGCAGAAGGAAGCAUGCGGCCCAGAAAUCACAGCCGUCGUGGCCGAAGCGGAUGGAGCUCGUCUAUUUGCAGCCAUCGCCCAACUACUGUGAGCGCAGCGUCCAGAUGGGCACUCUGGGCACUGUGGGUCGACUGUGCAAUCACACCGCCCAUGGACCCCAGAGCUGUGAUCUGCUGUGCUGUGGGCGUGGCUACAACACCCAGCAGAUACGGCGCAGUCGACAGUGCCGUUGUCAGUUCCGCUGGUGCUGUCAGGUGGAGUGCGAUGCCUGCGAGGAGAGCUACGAGGAGUUCACUUGUAAAUAGUUGAAUUUAUGCGAUGCUUAAGGAUGACAACUGUUGGUAGUUUAGUGUUACACAUAGCGACAUAAUUAAGUAUUAUCAAUUACGAUCAUACUUGUAUUACAAAGGCAAACAAAAAUCAAUACACAAACAAAAAUCAUUCCAAAAUAAAAGUUAUAAAAAUCGA